AUGCAGUUUCAUUUAAUAACUACAUCAAAGUGCUCAUCCAAUACCCCAUUCAGUAAAAUUCACUUUGAAAUGUUUGGCAAAAUACACAUUCUAAUUUUUUUGCUUUCAACAAUUAUGCUUUAUAGCAUGCAAACAGCUAAUAAAAUUAAUGGAGAACCAAUGCGUCGAUGGUAUCCUUUAGGAGUUGAAGCCUCUAGAAAACCUUCAUUCAGUCAAGGUGAUAGUGUUGCUGAACUAGAAAUUCCUUAUAAUGGUGAUCAAUAUGAUUCAGAGGUUAUGAAACGAGCUGUUCGAUUAAUGAGACUUGGUUAA